GAGUGGUGCAAACAUCAAACCUUUGAUUCGAAGUUGAAGUUCUACUCCUCCUGGGUGUCCCUGCUACUAUCUAGUUUCUAUUCAAAGACUCUGACCUCAGCUUUCACAUUCUAUCUCGUUUCAAUCUAAUUUUUGUACUUUAGCGCAUUAAGGAUUUUUCUUUGAAGGCUGUGAUUUUAUGGAGCCUGACAGGUUAAAUUCCCCAACCACAUUUGAGAUGCCAUUAGAGAUUUUGGGCCACGAGUUGCAGUUUUCUCAGGAUCCCAAUUCCAAGCACUUGGGGACUACUGUAUGGGAUGCAUCACUUGUGUUCGCUAAGUUUCUUGAACGGAAUUGCAGAAGGGGGAGAUUUUCCCCUGCUAAACUUAAAGGAAAACGCGUAAUUGAACUAGGAGCUGGCUGUGGUGUUUCUGGUUUUGGCAUGGCUUUGCUGGGGUGUGAUGUUAUAGUGACAGACCAAAAAGAGGUUUUGCCAUUGUUGGAGAGAAACGUUGAGCGUAAUAUUUCAAGGGUCAUGCAAAAGAAUCCUGAGUCAUUUGGUUCAGUCAAGGUUGCUGAACUUCAGUGGGGAGACGAGAGUCACAUUAAGGCUGUGGGUCCUCCAUUUGACUACAUUAUUGGCACUGAUGUUGUUUAUGUAGAGCAUCUAUUGGAACCUCUAUUACAGACAAUACUUGCUUUAUCUGGACCUAGGACUACAAUUAUGUUGGGCUAUGAAAUCCGCUCUACAAGUGUCCAUGAGAAGAUGCUUCAGAUGUGGAAAAGAAACUUUGAUGUGAAGACUGUCUCGAAGUCCAAGAUGGAUGAGACAUUUCAACAUCCAAGUAUUCAACUCUUCAUCAUGGGCUUCAAACAUUCAGCAGACUGCACAGAAAACUCUGGUGAGGCCACUGUUGAAAAAGUUGAUGUGGAAACUGUUGUGGAGGAUAAAAGCAGUGAGGGAAAUGUUGUAGUCGAAGGAUCUGGUCUCGUUGAAGAAAAUGUUGAUGACCAAAAUAAGCCAAUCUCGCAAAAUGCAAAGCUUAGUGAGUGGGAAGCUAGAAGGUAUGGAGCUAUGGCUGCAAGGAUUUUGCGAGAUGUAAAAAUAUCCUGAUUUUGAGAGUUGCUCUGGGAAAUUUAGUCAGAGUAAAAAUAUUAUGAUAGCCAUAGCAUAUGCUUGAACUGAAUGUUUGGUUCAUUUUUUUUUUUAAAUUUGAUCCAUGUGUUUUAAUUGUUAAUUUUGGUUCCUUUGUUUAUUUGAUGUUCAAUGUUUAAUACUGACAGCACACUGUAACAGUAUUCAUAUGAAGUACUCUGUAGAAAAACAC